AUUUUAUACGCAAUCAGUCAUUGCAAAUGCAUUCAAGCAUCAAUAUUCUAUUGUAUACUCGGUAGAAUGUAAAAAAAAAAAUCUGUGUUUAUAUCUAUAUAACAAACAUAUUUGUAUAUUUACAACAAUUCAUAACAUCAGUCACGUACAGUCUACAAGAAUUAAUCUGAAAUUAAUAAAGAAAAAUGGCGAGCAGUUUCGAAAUUUUAUGCGGCAUCGCCGUAUUAUUUCUUGCCCUCUAUUACUAUCUCACGUCAACGUUUGAUUUUUGGAAGAGUCGUGGAGUGGUUGGACCGAAACCUGUACCAUUUUUUGGCACAACGAAGGAUUUGAUAUUAGUUAAAAAAUCAACGGCUCAUUUCGUCAAGGAUAUUUACGAGAAAUACAAGAACGAGCCAAUGGUUGGUUUAUACGCGACGAGAUCUCCCUUUCUUCUUUUAAAUGAUCCAGAACUUAUCAAAGAUAUAUUAAUCAGAGAUUUCUCCAAAUUUGCGAAUCGAGGAUUGGGAGUUUUUGAAAGGACGGAACCAUUAUCACCGCAUCUCUUAAAUUUGGAAGUAGAAAGAUGGCGACCAUUGAGAUCCAGGCUCUCCCCAAUAUUCACGUCAGGAAAAUUGAAAGAGAUGUUCUAUCUCAUAAUCGAAUGCUCGUUAAAUUUGGAAAUGUAUUUGGACAAGUUAAUCGAGAAAAAUGAGCCCAUCGAGUGCCGUGAAUUAACAGCAAGAUUCACAACCGACGUGAUCGGUUCUUGCGCGUUCGGCAUCGAUAUGAGCUCGAUGACGAACGAAAAUAGCGAAUUCCGUAGAAUGGGCAGAGAAGUGUUCGCUGUCAAUUUUAUGAACGUUAUGCGAAUGAAGUUGAAACAAUUCAUGCCAAGGCUGUACGAUUUACUCGGUUAUGUGAUGCCUGACCGGACAUUCGCACCAUUCUUUACACGAGUUGUGACGGAUACAAUUAAGUACAGAAACGAUAAUAACAUUGUUAGACCAGAUUUCAUCAACAUGUUGAUGGAGCUUCAGAAAAAUCCACAGAAAUUGGAAAAUAUCAAAUUGACGGAUUCACUUAUCGCAGCCCAAGCAUUUGUAUUCUUUCUUGCGGGCUUUGAAACUUCAUCGACGACUAUGAGUAAUGCUCUCUAUGAGUUAGCUUUAAAUCAAGAUGUACAGAAGAAGCUACGUGAGGAAAUCAAUACGUUUUGUCCUAAAAAUAAUAAAGAAUUGAAAUAUGACGACAUCAAAGAAAUGGAAUAUUUAGAUAAAGUAUUUAAAGAAACGUUAAGAAUGUAUCCACCAGCAUCGAUUUUAAUGAGAAAAGCAAUUUCGGAUUAUACGUUCAAUGACACGAAAAUUACGAUACCUAAGGAAAUGAAAAUUUGGAUUCCAGCGUUCGCGAUACACCGAGAUUCGGCUAUUUAUCCGAAUCCUGAUUCAUUUGAUCCUGAAAGAUUCGAUAAAGAUGCAAUGGCCAGUCGACAUCCUAUGCAUUACUUACCUUUUGGUGAUGGUCCAAGAAAUUGCAUUGGUGCGCGUUUUGCGGUUUAUCAAACUAAAGUUGGAUUAAUUACUAUUCUUCGUAAUCAUAAAGUAGAAGUUUGCGAAAAGACAGUAAUUCCUUACGAAUUUGAUCCAGGUGCAUUUUUGUUGAGUCCAAAAGAUGGAAUAUAUUUGAAAAUAACAAAAAUAUGAAGUGAAUGGAAACAUUGCAUUCAAAAAUUUUCAGGAAUUUAUUAAAUUAAAUAAAAUAUAUAUUUACGAGGACGUAGAUAAUUAAUUUUAAUCAAAGGAAAACAAAAUAAUAGGAUAGUAAUAAUUAAUAUAUCUUUAUUAGUAUAAUUAAUUAGUAUAAUUAGUUUUAUUAUUAAGAAUUAGAAAGGAAAAACUAACUUUAAAUAGUAGAUUUUUAUUAAAUGAUAUU